GUGAACUUUUUGACCUUUGGGUAGUUUAUUCAUUGUCUGCAAAUGCUUGAUUUGAAAACAAAGAGUUGAUAAAAUACUACUCCCAACAACAACCCACUCCUGGAUUCUGAUAAUUCAUCAUCCAUCAGUUCGCUAUCAAAAUCCUUUCGUGUCAUAAUUUCGUUGGUCCCAAAACCAAUCAACCCAUCCAUUCACAGACUCCACACCCAUGGAAGCUACUGCUGCAUCUGGGAUGCCAAUAGUUAACUUUCUUUCAACUUCCCCAAUCCUAAGACUAACUGUCCCAAGAAACUUAUCACCACCAUGCCUUUCAAAAAGACCAAACAUGCUCGCUCGUUUUGCUCUUAAUCCCAUCUCAAGAAUAAAUGUCCUUUCUUUCCUCACUCAUUGCUCGACCAAGCCGGACACCAACUCAAGCAAUCAGACAGACCAAAAUCAGAACUUUCAACAUAAUUCAAAUACCAGUAGUAACAUGUCACCUACCAUUUCAAAUGAAACACAAAUGCUUUCCUCUUCUUUGUCAUCAUCGGUACCACCUUCCUCUAGAGGAUUGGUGCUCGAUCUUGGUCCCAAAAAUUCAUGGGACAGUGCAGAAAUUGGUUCGCCAGUAGUUAAAAGAUUCCUCAGUGAUGACGAAGAGAGAUGGUAUAUGUGGUACCGUGGGAACGCGAGUGAAAACCCAGAUUCUGAUUCAAUUGGUUUAGCCAUUUCAAGCAAUGGAAUUCACUGGGAGAGAGGUAAAGGACCGGUGAAAUCAAGUGAUGACGUGGGUUUGGUUUUGAAUUGCAGUAAAGAUUGGUGGGCUUUUGAUACUUUAAGCAUUAGGCCUAGUGAGGUGGUGAUCAUGUCCAGUCCUAAGGUGAGAGCCUCGAGUGCUGUUUACUGGCUCUAUUACACCGGUUUUAGUCCUGAGAAAGUGAAUUUCGUAGAUAAUGAUUCUUUGGAUUUUAAUUUAGAAAACCCUGAAAGGUUUCAUAUUGGCAAAUUUAGAGGUGAAAAUGGUAAGAUUUUCAAGUCAUUGCCAGGUUUGGCGAUAAGCCAGGAUGGGAGGCAUUGGGCAAGAAUUGAAGGGGACCAUCAUAGUGGAGCAUUGUUUGAUGUGGGGUCUGAAAAAGAUUGGGAUUCACUAUUCAUUGCUUCCCCACAAGUUGUUUAUCAUGGAAAUGGUGAUGUAAGGAUGUACUAUCAUUCAUUUGAUUUGGAAAAUGGUGAAUUUGCUAUCGGGAUUGCAAGGUCUAGAGAUGGAAUGAGGUGGGUGAAGUUGGGGAAGAUAAUGGGAGGAGGAAAAAGAGGUGGGUUUGAUGAAUUUGGGGUAAAAAAUGCUUGUGUUGUGAAGAACAAAAAAGAUGGGAAGUAUGUGAUGACAUAUGAAGGUGUUGCUGAUGAUGGGAAGAGGAGUAUUGGAUUGGCAGUGUCAACAGACGGAUUGAAGGAUUGGAGGAGACUUGAAGAUGAGUCAGUGCUUAAGGCUGAAUCUGAAAAUGGAUGGGAUAAUGAAGGAGUGGGGUCACCUUGUUUGGUGCAAAUGGAUGGAAAUAGUGAUGAAUGGAGAUUGUAUUACAAAGGUAUCGGAAAAGGAGGAAGAACUGGGAUUGGUUUGGCAAUAUCUCAAGGAAGUGAUAUUAGAAGGUUUCGAAGAUGGACAGGAUUCCGUUUAUAGGUAAUUUCUUAGCAUAUCUCAUAUUCUUUUCCUGUUAUAUAGUCUAAUCUGGUUAUCUUUUCCUAAAUCGGAUUAGGAUUUUAUGACUUAAGUCUAGUGGAAACAUUGACAAUAUCAUUUCGCUAGUUGUUUUUGGCUUUCAGAACAUCUACAUGAAAAUGGCAAAUUUUGCUAGCUCUGACCUUGCAGUUUAAUUCCGACAUGUUAAGCAUCAGUUCACUUCGUAGAUCAAUACAUCAUAGUUAUAAAAGUUCUGAAUUAGUUUGCUUU